CUUUAUAAAGUCUAAAACAUAUUUUCACUAUAAUUAGGAACAUGCAGUAACAAUGCCAACUACUUGGGUGAUGGCAUGUGCAUAUGCUCCCUCAGGAAACAUGGUUGCUUGUGGAGGCCUGGACAAUAAAGUAACUGUUUAUCCCCUGAGCUUUGAAGAAGAUGCAUCCAGUAAGAAAAGAGCAAUAGGAACUCAUACAAGUUACAUGUCUUGCUGCUUAUUUCCUAAUUCAGACCAACAAAUUCUAACAGGAAGUGGUGACAGUACAUGCGCUCUGUGGGAUGUAGAAUGUGCUCAGUUACUUCAAAGUUUCCAUGGUCAUGGGGGUGAUGUAAUGAGCUUAGAUUUGUGUCCAUCAGAGACAGGCAAUACUUUUGUGUCUGCGGGCUGUGAUCGGCAGGCUCUUCUCUGGGACAUGAGAACUGGCCAGUGUGUGCAAUCCUUUGAAGGUCAUGAGUCAGACAUUAACACUGUGAAGUUUUAUCCAAGUGGAGAUGCUAUAGCUACAGGAUCUGAUGAUUCCACUUGCCGACUUUUUGAUCUAAGGGCUGAUCGGGAAGUUGCAGUUUACUCUAAGCAGAGUAUCAUCUUUGGUGUGAAUUCAGUAGAUUUCUCUAUCAGUGGUAGGUUUUUAUUUGCUGGCUACAAUGACUAUACUGUAAAUGUAUGGGACACUCUUAAGUGUGUGAGGCUCACAAUCCUCUAUGGACAUGAAAAUAGAGUGACAUGUUUAAAAGUUUCACCAGAUGGCACUGCUCUGUCUACAGGAAGCUGGGACUUCACACUCAGGAUAUGGGCUUGAGACAAAUGACCAAUUAGCCUGGAAACCAAAAACUAUUCACUUUUGUAGGAAGUGCCAGGAUAAAGCACAUUACUGUGUAGUUAUGAUGUUCCUGAGAAGUACCAAGUUUUAUGUAAAGAAUUUUUUUUAAUAGGACACACUUGAAUCUUUUUCAAAACACGUCAUGAACACAGUUGAAGAAAUAAUAGUAUAUAUUUGUUUGGUUUAUUGUGUUAUCAAGAUAUUAGCUUUUGUGCAGUUUAUUCUACUGUUACAUUACCAAAAUAUUCUGACCAAAUGAAAUACUUCAUUAUGUUUAAAAUCAUACGUACAAGUAUAUGAUUUAAUCUUUGUUUCUGUUGUUUUUUAUAUUUAAAUUUAUUGUACUUUUGUAUUGUGAUGUUAACUAGUCCUUUCAGAAAACAAGAACCUUAUGUUUCUUGCUUUGUUAUUUAUCUAUUCUGUAUGGUUUCUUAGUAUCAUAAACUAGCCUUUUUAUUUCAUGAACUUUAGAUGUUUAGAUUUGGUGCUAGGUUGUGCCAUAUUGCCAUGAUGUUCUAAAUUAUAGAUGACCAUAGUUCAGUCAUUAGUUCUGCAUUUUUAGAUGUUAAAUAAGUGAUAUACAACAUAAUACGUUUUUAUUAUUCAUAUUGUACCUGUUGACUAUGUCGAAAAAUUAAAUGAGCAUUGUUUUCUGUUAAACUACAUAUAAAUAUAUGUAUAUAUAUAUUAUUGGAUAUAAUUACAGUUAAUCCUGCCAACUAUGGAUUGCUAGUCUUUCAUUUUUAUCAAACUAUAGGAAAGUGCUUUGAAUUUAUAAAUAUUGUGUAAUCUUUUGUUAUCAUCCAAAUGUUUGUUUGUUAUUAAAUUUUUAAAUAUGGACCAACUUAAAUUGACAUUGUGAUAGGCCAUACAACUAACUGUUAAGCAAAUUUUCAUGCAACCUGGAGUAUUGUAGUAUCACAAACAUUUCAUUAUUUCUGUGUUACUAAAGGUACUUCAGUAUAAAAAUUAAAUACAAGAAGAGUAUAUUUCUCAUCAAGUAAUUACCAUAUAAAAGUUUACAAAACUUCCUUAUUAGUCUGUUAUUCUGAAAGGAAAAUAUAUGUGCUGUAAAAUACCUUAAUCUAUAAUUUGCCCAAGUAAAAUACAGAUAUUAAAAUAAACUAAGAAUUACAUUAGUUACCAUAUCAGGAAGAAAGAAAUUUCCUAGACUUUUUAAACUUUUCACAUAAUUAUAAUUAUUCAAAAAAUGUAUGUUGUUUUUGUUACUUUACUAGCAUGGUGUUUUAUGUAAUACUGGGUUAAUUUUUCUAAUUGCUAUUAAAUGAAGUUUAUAGUUCAGAAUGUUGUGUGGUAAAUUAGGGACAAAUAAUUCUUCAAAAUAAAGUAUUUUAUGUAGUGAUUUCAGGAUGGACACAUUUUAUUAUCUAAGUAUCAUUUGUUUCCCAUAGUAUUUGUGAUGAAAAAGAAAAGAUGUGGUAAAAAAUAAUAGCUUUAUGUCAUAAGGGAUGAGAUUACCAACUUUCCUGUUUCUUUCAUAAUAUAAACAUUGAUCAUUUUAUUUAUACAAAAUACUAGUCAUAUUCAUCGUAUAAUUGCAUUCUUAACUUUUCUCAAAACAUCUAUAUUAAUAUUAUUCUGUUUAUAUUUUUAUCUUCUCACAUUAUUAAAAACAUUAUU